UUCUUAGUGGAUUUUCCCAUCUGCUUACUCAUUAAUUAUGUUCGCGUCUUGAGUUUAGCCGCUCACUCUUAGAGUAUCUUACUACCAGUAUGGACAAUUCUUGUUUGUAAUGACAGAACAGAAUACCCGUCCGUCCGCGAUUGACUGUUCCGAAAGUAAUGUAGGUAUUCGAUCCAAAAAAAGACAUUCCUAUUCAAAUUCGCUAUCUCUAAAGAAAACACCGAGUCCGGAAAUUGACAAAGAAAGUACAACAAGCAAAGUUGCUCAGUUUUGCAACCGGUCGUUCAAUGCUUUCAGAAACGCUCUUGGUAAAAAAGUGAGACCUGGGGCAAAUCAUUUCAAGGCAUUAGAUCCGUCUUUUAUGCAAGCACGAGGCCCAAAGUCAGCUCCAUUACAUACUUUGCGGAGAAGUAUGUCCAUUGACUCAACGGAACGAACUCGAUGCUCGAUUGAUCGUCCUAGAAGCGCAACAAACACUCCUAUUAAAAUGCCAGUGUCUGAAGGAGUCCGUUUGGAAAAAAUGACAGCUCUUUUGGAGCAGCCCAUUGUUGAUUUAAAUGCUUUGCGGAAGCUUGCAUGGAAUGGCAUCCCUGUACAGCUACGUGGAAAAGUAUGGAAGCUUCUAUUAGGUUAUAUGCCAAGCAAUGCCGUCCGGCGUGAUGAUACUCUUGUGCGUAAAAGAAAUGAGUACAAUGAAACAGCGAACUCUCUCUUCGUGACAGGCAAUGAAACAUUGGAUGCAUCUUUAAAGCAUCAAAUACACAUUGAUGUCGAAAGAACACAUCCCACCUUGAAGCUGUUCCAACAACCAGUCGUUAGAGGGAUGCUCGAAAGGAUUCUGUACGUUUGGUCUAUACGGCAUCCCGCAAGUGGUUAUGUCCAGGGCAUAAGUGAUCUAACCACCCCAUUUCUUUUUGUGUUCCUUAAUAGUAUGAACGAAAUUAACGAAGACACAUCCGACAUUGAAAAUCGUGUCUCGAAGGAGGACCUUCUUACGGUUGAAGCAGAUACAUAUUGGUGUCUCUCUAAACUUCUUGACGGUAUCCAGGACAAUUACAUCCAGUCUCAACCGGGUAUCUAUCGACAAGUCAUGAAACUUCAAGAGCUCACACAGCGCAUCGACGUUGAUUUAAUAAAUCAUUUCAACGCUCAAGGAAUUGAAUUUAUGCAGUUCAGCUUCCGAUGGAUGAACUGUUUACUGAUGCGGGAAUUUGCAUUGCGACACAUUAUUCGUAUGUGGGACACUUACAUUGCUGAAGGCUUAACUGGAGUUUCAGAUUUCCACGUAUAUGUUUGCGUUUCCUUACUCAUUAAAUGGUCGGAACAGCUUCAAACAAUGGACUUUCAAGACUGUAUUAUCUUUCUACAGUCACCGCCUACCCGAAAUUGGUCUGAUAGCGAGGUUGAGGUUCUGUUAAGUGAAGCAUACCUGUGGAAGUACUUGUUUAGCGAUGCCUGUGCUCACCUCAAGUGAGAACUGUAAUGAUGAUGAGCGCUGUUCUCAACUACUCGCUCCUAUUGCUGCUGCUGCUCUUAAUUCUCAAACCCUCUUUAGCCGGCAAACUAUCCCACUCUUACCCUUCGUCUCUCUUUCUUCAUCGUCACCACCCUCAGCUUCUUCCGUUCUCCGUCAUAUGAAAUCUAUUGCGUUAACUUUAUGUGUGCUUUCUUAUUCAUUAAAUAAACGAGGAAUAAUGCCCUACUCGUAGUAAUUGAAGUAUAGUGCUCCCCUUCGUCAUCCAUAA